UUUACAGCAAGAGCAAGAGCAAGAGUUGGCCUCAAAAUGCACCCAAUCCAGCACCGUCCUCAAGGCGCGGGAAGGAACAGACGCGGAGGAGGCACAGGAGCGGCCGUCCACAAGAGGCCUCAUGUCUUGCACGCCCAGAUAACUAGUCGCUGUGGAAAGCAGUCAUGGAGGAGUUACUCUCAUUGAAGUGGAACAACCACCGAACCACCUUCAUCCACAUAUUGGGAGUUCUCAGGGACAAGCAAGCGUACACAGAUGUGACACUAGCGUGCGAUGGCAAGUUUUACCAAGUGCACAAGUUGGUGCUCUCAACAUGUAGUGAUUACUUCUGUGCCAUGUUUGACAAGACUGCUUGUAAAAGCCCAGUUAUAGUGUUGAAAGACAUCAAGAGCGAGGACCUGGAGGCCUUGCUAGAUUAUAUGUACCUUGGUGAAGUGAAUGUGAGACAAAGUGACUUAGCGUCUUUGAUUAAGGCAGCGGAAAACCUUAGAAUCAAGGGCCUUGCAGUACCUGAUGAUGAGCCUCCCAACAAAAGUAGUGGAGGUUCAGCGACCUCUAGGGGGGACACGAGGAGGGACGGAGGGGGUAGCAGCCCUCCUGCAAAGAGGAAACGAAGGGAAGAGGUAGAGGAUGGGCGGGAGGACGUGAGACCCCCUCCCGCCCAGUCUGGCACCCUCCACACCCCCCCUCCCACCAGACCAAAGAGCCCUGUGAGUCAGAGGCUAAGUCCCUCCCCACACAGAACCUCUCAGGAGUCCCCAGCGACAGAAGAUCGCACCAGCCGUCCCCUCCCCUCACCUGCGGAGGCCACCGGGGCCCACACAGCCUCCCAGCCCCAAGGCCAGUCCGCGGUGAGCCAGUCAGUCAGCAAUCAGUAUCGGUCCGAAGACACUCCUUCCUUCGUCAAGGUGGAGAUGGAGGAGGACCACGCAGAGGACCUGCAAGGGGACUCGUACGACCUGGGUCCUGACGGUUACAAAGAGGAAGGGGAUGACUCGGGUGGUGGCGCAAUGAACAAUGACUUACCAGAGUUCCUACAAGCAGCGGCCUCGGGCUCCCUGGCCAGCAGCUCCACUUCCUUCCCCCACCACUCCUUUGCGGGGCCAUCUGGCUACCAGCCGGGUGACUUGGCUGGGUGGCAAGGUGAUGGCUCAUCCAUAGGGUUUCCUCCUCACCUUAACUUUAGCACCUCAGAAAGUUCUAGUCAACAGAAUGCACCUGGGCAGAAUGGAGCCUUUGUCAAGUCGCAGAGAGGAAAAAACCUGCUCUACUUCGAAGGGUACAAGCACAGGAUAUGCCGUGAGGAGGCUGGGGGUCGAAGCAGUUGGUGGCGAUGCACCAAGAAAACAUGCCGUGGGAGAGUCAGGCUGACAGUGGAGGGAAUAACUUUAGUGGAGCAGCACAACCAUGACCCACUCCCUUCCCUAGAGCGACAUACUUGGGGACUGUCAUGAUCGUGUGAAAGCUGCCAGUGCGUGCUGACAACCAUGCCGUUGGGUAGUAUUGCCUUAAUGAUGUUGCACUUAACAUUCUGUUUUGCUGAAGUAUGGAGAUAUUUGAAGCCUUUUUAUAAUGUAUCUUUGUUAGUUGAAAUACCAUAACAUAAAGGUGACCUAUGUACUGAGAUGCACACAGUUCUUGUACAUCAUGUAACAGAAUGGUAUUAUUGGCCAAAAUAUUGAUGCUGCCCUGAUAAUAGUGCUGAUAUCCAUCGUGGAAAUACAGCAAAAAUGUCUCUCUCUCAAAGCACUGUCUGAGGAGGUGGUGAUCAAGUUCUACUUGAUUUUGAUCUUACCUGGGGUGCAUGGUUGACAAUAGAAUAAAGGAGCUCCUAUUUAAUGAAUUAAUUUAGGUAAAGAAUGUAUUUUGAGCUACUAAGGAAAAUUAGUGCACACUUCUGUUUUGAGAAAAUAUCCUAAAGAUUAUUCUGAAAAAGGUGAAAACUGUAAAAUCGUGCUCUUUUAACCUGGGUUUGGACUUGAAAAUAGAGGAAAAGAAAAAGGCAUUAAACUAUGCAGCAAACAAUUUAAAUUAGGUAUUAAAGGCUUCUUCCCACACAGUUACUCACAGGCUUAUUGAAGCUAGCAACCAAGAUGAGAAAAUAUGGCAGUUUUUAUUUUUCAAUACUUUUUGUUGCUAUGAGUGAGUUUGGUCACUGUCUGGCAUUUGGCGCUAUAUUGAUAGUAUAUUCCUCCCCUCAAGCUGUAAGACUGGCAGCAACCUUUUUCUUACCACAAUGAUGCACUGUGGAUAGCCUGCAGUGACAUGUAGGGUAGAUAACUAACCCGGGGGGUGAAAUGUUGACCAGGGGUGGUGAUGAAUUACUUACAAAUAAAAUCUCUAUCUAUCUAUCUAUAUUUAUAUCUCUAGGGUUGGAUAACAAUGACAACAAAUGGAGUCCAUGGAGUUCGUUAAAGUUAAAACCCAAGCUUAGAAUUUUAACGAUCAUUGCUCUUACCCAUGCCUGUCUCUCCUUCGUCCGUGGUAUUACUUGGGUUGGUAGCUUUUAUUGUGUACUAUGUACAUUCUAAGCUAAAAUGUCAUUCAGUUUCCUCAGUUAAUUUUUUCAUCUGAUUUGUCUUGUAAAUUUUGUAUCUGGCACAUUUGAACUGUAAGCUGUUAUGUGCCUCACAAGGAAGACUUCAGGGCUAGCAUGUGGCGAUGUGCACACACAAAAACACACGCACACACACACACACACACACACACACAUACAUAACGAUUAAGUGAAGAAAUAGUAUUGGCGAAGAGUGUGCAGAGAUUCAAGGAAAAGUUGGAUAAUUAUAGAUACGGAGACGGGACCACACGAGCGUUAGCCCAUGCCCUGUAAAAUUACAACUAGGUAAAUACACACACACACACACCACACACAGACACACACACACACACACACACACACACACACACACACACACACAGACACACACACACACACACACACACACACACACACACACACACACACAGACACACACACACCACACACACACACACCACACACACACACACACACAAUGGGAUUGCAUGUUGAUAAUAGUAAUAGAGCUAAUUUGAAACCAGAAAGUCUCUGGUAUGGAUAUGUUGACUUUAAUAAGACUAGUUCAUAAAGACUUCCAAAUAUGUAUAAUUUCAUUUUUGUGGAAAGUGAUGACUGGUACUAAAAAGUUGUGGGUAGAGUGGCUGACGUACUUUCAUCAUCAUCAUCACCAGUCUGUAUCAUUCCACCGCAGGAGAUCCAAAGUAUUUCCAUCAGUUUCUGUUCUGUGCCUCUGUUUUUUCAUUUUAAUGCAUAUUUUCCAUAAGCUUUUUUAAUUUCAUCUCCACAUGCGUCAUGGCCUCCCCUUUGAUCUUUUUAUGUUUGUCAUUUGGCAGUCAUGCUUUUUGUCCAUCUGUUAUUCUCUCCUAUAUAUGUGUCCUGACCUGUGCUUCAUGAUUUUAACUGACAGUAUUAUGUUACCUCCUUUUGUUUGUUCUCUUAUUCAUUAUAGUGAUACCCAGCAUCCAUUCAUCCUUCUUUGGGCACUUCUUAACUUCCCUUUCGGAGACUUACUCCAAUGUUCUCAUCUCUGCCCCUUAUGUCAUAACUGGGAGGACACUGAUUGAAAACCCUUUGCUUUAAACACAGCAGAAGAGAGCCUCUUAAUGUGUUACCCUGAUUUCUGGAAGCAUUCUUUACUUUUAUUUUAUUAUUCAUAUGCUAACUGACUGUACCUUAUCACAGUCUUUUGGUUUUAUAUUUUUUUUCUUUAUCCUGCCAUUUGUGAGGUGUUUGACAAAUAUACUGUUCAAAGUUG